AUGACUGCAGCAAAGCUUGCGGCGGCCUUUGUAGCCGCGACAGCACAAGCUAAGGGUGCUUCCGGACCUAAGCGAGAUCGCGGUUCUCCAUUCAUGCAGUCAGGUUGUAAUGGAGAGGUUGGAGAAAUGGUCUGUUGGUCUAUGACCGCUGCCGUUCACAUCUCUGAUGGUGGAGGGGUCCAAGACCAGACAGUUAACCAAUGCUAUAAGGUGAUUAAUGAUCACACUAACAUAAUCUUGGCAAUGCUAAACCAAACAGAAUUGUCACCAUCUACAUUGAUUCUUAAUGGGAUUCCAGGGCUGGAGGACAUGCAUGUUUGGAUUUCCUUUCCAUUCUUCUCUAUGUAUGUCAUGGCCAUGGCUGGGAAUUGUGGACUGCUCUACCUCAUUCAUCAUGAAGACUCACUUCACAGGCCCAUGUACUAUUUCUUAGCUAUGCUUUCUGCAACUGAUCUGGUCAUGUGCUCUAGUACAAUCCCUAAGGCUCUUUGCAUCUUCUGGUUUCAUCUGAAGGAAAUUGGACUUGAUGAAUGUUUGACCCAAAUGUUCUUCAUCCACACUUUCACAGGGAUGGAGUCUGGGGUGCUCAUGCUCAUGGCCCUGGACCGCUAUGUGGCCAUCUGUUAUCCUCUGCGCUACUCAAACAUUCUCACCAAUCCUGUGAUUCUAAGGUCUGGUCUUGCCACCUUCCUGAGAGGAGUGUUGCUCGUUAUUCCUUUCACUUUCCUCACCAAGCGUCUGCCCUAUUGUAGAGGCAAUAUCAUCCCUCAUACCUACUGUGACCAUAUGUCUGUGGCCAAGUUGUCCUGUGGUGACAUCAGGGUCAAUGCUAUCUAUGGCCUGUUGGUUGCCCUCCUUAUUGGAGGCUUUGACAUUCUGUGCAUCACAGUCUCCUACACCAUGAUCCUGCGGGCAGUGGUCAGCCUCUCCUCAGCAGACGCUCGGCAGAAGGCCUUCGGCACCUGCACUGCCCACAUCUGUGCUAUAGUUUUCUCCUACAGUCCAGCUUUCUUCUCAUUUUUUUCUCAUCGAUUUGGACAUCACACAAUUCCUCCAUCUUGUCACAUCAUUGUGGCCAAUAUCUACCUGCUCUUGCCUCCCACCAUGAACCCUAUUGUCUAUGGAGUGAAAACAAAGCAGAUACGAGACUGCGUUGUAAUGAUUUUUUCAGGUGUUAAAGACGUCAAAUCUUACGACAUGUGA